GCUUGAAGUAACGAAGACAUUCAACCAUAGCAGAUCCUGGGCUUGGCAUCUGUCAGUGAUUACGAAAAGACACCAUUUACAGUUCAUCUCCACUUGAAAAAGAUGGUAACUCACGAGUCUGGUCACAUUGCUUCCCUUGGCCACGAUCGAGCAAGUGUAUCGUCAAAGUCUGAUGGGCGACCACUGAAAGGGGGAAACUUGCGAAGACUUGCUGAUAUCGCAAAGCAUGUUGUGCAAACUUCAGAGCACGGCAAGUUUGGUUCUACUGUUCUGAUGAAGUCUUUCAGAGCAAAUGGUUCUCGUAAAGUUAUCAUUCAACCUCCUGAGGUGCCACCGAAAGAUACCACGAAUCCAUCAGACUCAGCUACUCGUCUUCCAAGCUCUGAGACGGAAGAUGGGGAUACGGCGCUACUAAGUCUCACAGCAGAUUCGCUGAGCAAGAUUGAACCGGAAAAAUUGGUUGAUAAUAUUUUGUUGCUCAGCAAACUUGCUCACCGAUAUCGCGGCGAGCGGAAUGACCUUCGUGAGAAAAUUGCGAGUCUACAACCUUUCUUCGAUAACCUGAAUACCAAUAUCGAACAGCUGCAGCAAGUGGAGGCGAAGCUGAAAGCCGAAAACAUCCGUUUGCAGGGCAUCGCCACCAACCUUCAAAGCGAUAGAGAUACUGCAACGGCGGAGGCUGAACGUAUGAAAGACGAAUGUCGGAACUUGCAGGUGGAGCUUGAGGAGAAUACGAAAGCAGCGAGGCAAGAACAGACAAAUUUUGACGAGGAAAGGACCAAGUGGACCCAGUCCAAACACGUUGUGGCAGAACUCGAGGACCAGUUAAACAAGCAAAAGACUCUGGUCCAGCUUGUCAAAGCUGAUAGAGACAAGCUCAGGUCCUUCGAAACCAGCUACAAGGAGCUGCAAGCCGUCUACAAAGACACAUCUGACUGUCUUGGCGAAUGUAGGACGGAGCUUACUGGUGUCAAACAACAAUACGAGGAUUUGAAAAUCACGUACUCGUCAGCCAGUGACGAACUAAAGAGAAUGAAGAUGGACAGUCACUCUACUCUGGAUGAUAGUUUCUUCAUACGAAACUUUCGCGAUCUUCAAGGAGAGAUCAAACGGUGGGCAGACCGUUACUUCUGGGGCCCCGAAAAGAAAAUGUUCAAACUGCACUAUCCCCAUGAACAGGCCAGGGUCAUGACAGAUGUUUUGGUACUAUUCGAUGAUGUCAAGGACCUUCUGAUGGGCGCAGACACUGGGAAGGGAAGAUCUCUGGUUUGUGAGGCAUAUUUGUGGAAAUUCAUUGAAGAGAUGAUAUUCGAUGGGAGGUCUACUUCUUUCUCUAAAGGGAUGUACUGGGCGCAUAACAUGCGAACUGAACUCUGCCGACUGGAGAAGUUCCUCCGCCCAGGUCGAGAUUGGUCGGAUACAGAUCGUCGAAUCUUCUACAAGUGGAAAGCUAGCACUGUAAAGCUUAUCAUCGGUCGACUACGACAUCCAAAUGAUCAAAAGAAAAUUCCUAUCAAUCCAUCAACACUCACGUACCUAUCAAGCAAGGUUCUAGACGUUCUCAGGCCCUGGAUGACGGCAGACGAACGUACUUGUCUCCAAGACCUCGAAUCGAUCAUCCAGUCUGCGAUUGAUUUCGACUCACAUAUGAACGAGCAGUGGUCUUCGAUGUACACCGCUUCUACACCCGUAGGUUUCGAGUCUCGGCAUGGUUUCCCCUUCGACGGUACGUUCAUGGAAGCAGCAAAGAUCGACUUGAAAAUGUCUGCUCGCGAGCCUGUGGGGAUCAUAAUAUCCCCUGCUUUAGUCAGAGCUGGAACGCAAGGUGGAGAUAACUACGACAAUAAAUGGAUACUGGUAAAGUCAAGGGUAAUGCCUCAGGAUUUCUCGGCACGUUCUCAACGACCGAAAACUGGGAGGACAGGCGGGGCAAUUACGCAGAGUCUCCAGCGCCGUGUGAACUAG